UGGUGAGGUGGACUCACAACUCGUUGAUUCGAGCUGUGUGUGUGAGUGGUGUUGCCGCGGUUGUGCUGGUUCGCGCUCUUCUUGCAAGAGUGUGUUGCUUGCCUGCCUGAGAAACAAGCCCCUGUUUGUUUCUCUCUUUUGACUUUUUUGGGAGUUGGCAGCGCUUUGACUUGCCUUGCCCCGACACCAUGGACACGGCCGUGCCUCGCUGCUGCAAGUUCAGCGAUGAUGGUCGCCGAUUCGCCAUCCUGCUCAGUGAUGGCCACCUUCGCGUUUGGGACGUUACCAACAAUGACGUUAUCAUUGAGCGAAAGGCCAAUCUGAGCGAUCCAGUUUGUGCCCUGGCUUGGGAACACGGUGCCGUCGACCAGUCCAAGAAGCGCAAAAAGCGCAAGGCCCAAACAGAUCGCCUGUUUCUCGGCACUUCCAGUGGCAAGGCCAUCAUCUUCUCGGUUGCCACGGGCGAAGAACAAAUUCUCAACAAACCCCACCGCAGCGCUAUCACAGAAGCCAUCUGGACCUCGGACAACAGCUACAUCUUGACUGCCUCGCGUGACAAGACCGUCUGCCGCCGCUCUACCACUGAGGACCGUGCCGACUUUUUCAAUGCCGACAAGCGUGCCGUCACGUCCUUGAGCUUUGGCCCGACUCUGGAUGUCGAUGGCACAAGCGUCGACACGCUCAUCACUGCCGGCAAUCAAAUUCGCCUUUGGCGCCUUGACACACUCCAGGAGGUCGAGAAAUAUCCUGGUCACGAUGCCAGCGUCACCUCCCUCGCCCUUCUGCCUGUCCCGGACCUGAAGUUUUGCUCGCUGGCCCGUCAACAACAUGCAGACACCAGCAUCAACGUUUGGCACGCUGCCCCCGGUCAAAAGAAGAACAAACAUCCCUUUGCCACUUGCCACUUGAGCCAGAGCCCGAUGAGCAUGUCGACCACUGCCUCGCCGAAAGAAGCGACGGCUCAUGAGAGCUGCCGUAUUGCUGCCAUCGACGUCCGUGGUACCAUUUCCGUCUUUACCAUUGACACCUCCAAGGACGCUUACACUGAACCCAUUCAUCCCGCCUGCACCAUCGCCAUGACUACCGGUGAGUCGCGAAUCUCUCACGUCUGUUUGUCCAUCUCUGAUGCAAGUGGGCAUGGUCUUUGCGCCUCGAUGACCUUGACGCGUGCGGCCCCCGUGCUCUUGACCAUGGCCAAGUCUGCCAACGCCCCUACAUCUGCCAACCAGUCGAAUCCCGUCGACGCCAACCUGAAUAUUCUCGGUGCCGCCGACGCCCUGAAGAGCAAGCGCGCGUCGAGCAAAACAGCUGGCGAUGCAACACUGGGUCAACAGAUUGCAGAUGCCCUUCACCAAUCGGAAUCCUACGAUGGAUACACCCGUAGUGGUCAGCCACGCUCUGGCACCCUCUCUCAAAUGCUGGCGCAAGCCUUGCACUCGGACGAUCAAGCGUUGCUGGAAGAGUGCCUGGCCGUCAACAAGGAGAAAAUUGUGUCCGCCUCGGUGGGCCGUCUGCCACAGGAGCAUGUCUUGAGCUUUUUCAAGAUUGUCCUGGCUAAGCUGCAGGCCAAACCCAGUCGUGGCACGGCCUUGCUGAUCUGGAUUCGGGCCGUGUUGGUGACCCACUUUGCGUACCUGGCCUCCCAACCCGACCUCUCGUCUGUGCUGGGUCCCCUAUACAGUCUGAUUGAAGCAAGAGCUGCCUCCAUGAACCCUCUCCUCAAGCUGCAAGGCCGUCUUGACCUCAUGCUGGAGCAAACGCGCCGCGCGCAAGCCCGUGAGGAAGAGGAAGAGGAGGUCAUGGUUGAAUUUACGCCUGGAAGCGUGUAUUACGACCAGAACGAGGAUGAUGAUGAUGACGAGGAUGAGGACGUGGCCGGUGCUGGUGGUGCCACCACGGGUGAUGAUGACAUGCUCAUGGACGACGAGGCCGAUGACGAUGAGAUGUGGGACGAGGAGCGCGAGGACCUCUUCCAAGACAACCUCCGUGCCGCUGAUUUUGAGGAUGAAGGCGCUGGCGCUGGCAGCGAUGACGAGGACGAGGAUAAUGAUGAUGACGAUGAUGAUGAGGGCGACGAUGACGAUGAGGAGGAUGAUGAAUGAGGCAGCGCCUAUUCUCUGCCUACUCGGCUUUUCUUUUCCAUUCUUUAAGCAAAUUGACCCUCGAUAAUAUU